CUCCUGCACCAUGUCGGAGUACAACAGGCUGAAGAGCAUGCUUCUGGAUAUGCAGCCUAAAGUGCAGAGGACUGGGGAUCAGAGCCAGCAGAGAGACAUGGAUGAGAAGCGAGCAAUGGUGGACACCAUGUUCAAAUACCUGGAUGUGAACCAGGACGGCCGGCUGGUCAGUGAUGAGCUGGAAAAGAUCUCCAUGAAGGAGCACCUGGAGGACAGCUUGCUGGAGUGCACCAUGCAGGACCUGCUGCGCUACGACGACUACAACAACGACGGCCACCUCAGCCUGCACGAGUUCUACACGGCGUUCCAGGUCAUCCAGCUGAGCCUGGCGGAGGACCAGCACGUCAGCGUCUCCACGGUGACAGUGGGCCUCAGCGCCGUCCUCACCUGUGCCAUCCAGGGGACACUGCGCCCACCCAUCAUCUGGAAGAGGAACGGCAUCAUACUGAACUUCUUGGACCUGGAGGACAUCAAUGACUUUGGGGACGACGGCUCCCUGUACAUCACCAAGGUGACAACCAUCCACAUGGGAAACUACAGUUGCCAUGCCUACGGCUAUGAAGACGUCUAUCAGACACAUGUGCUGCAGGUGAAUGUCCCUCCAGUGAUCCUGGUCUAUCCCGAGACGCAGGCCCAGGAACCCGGCGUAUCUGCCAGCCUCCACUGCCACGCCGACGGCAUCCCGAAUCCCAAACUCCUCUGGCUGAAGAACGGCAUGGACUUGCAGCCAAGAUCCAGCAAACAGCUUUCUCUCAUAGCAAAUGGUAGUGAGCUCUUCAUUGGCAGCGUUCGGUACGAGGACACUGGCGCCUACACGUGCAUCGCCAAGAACGAAGUGGGAGUGGAUGAGGAUAUCUCCUCUCUGUUUGUGGAAGACUCGGCCAAGAAGACCCUUGCAAACAUUCUGUGGCGAGAAGAAGGUCUGAGUGUGGGGAACAUGUUCUACGUGUUUUCUGACGAAGGCAUCACAGUUCUGCAGCCCAGUGAAUGUGAGAUACGGAGACACAUGAAGCGCUCGGAGAGGAUUGUUGCUACCUACGAGGAGAUGUGCCCUAAAGGUGAGGGGGUGUCACCUCAGCGCUGCGUGUGGUCCUCAGCAGUCAACGUCAGGGAUAAGUACAUCUACGUGACGCAGCCCCUCCAGAGCCGACUGCUGGUCGUGGAUAUUCAGGCACAGAAGGUGGUGCAGGCAGUGGCAACAGAUGCUUUCCCAGUGAAGAUGCUCUAUGACAAAUCACAUGACCAGGUGUGGGUGCUGACAUGGGGGGACAUGGACAGAACACACCCAACACUUCAGGUAAUUCCUCAAGCCAGUGUUGGAGAAGUCCAUCGAGCCGUCCGCACAACUUUCCAGAGAGUCAACGACUUCUUCAUUCCUCCAACCAACCUCAUCAUCACUCACGUUAGGUUUGCCUUUGUCUUCCUCAAAAAUGAACCUGCGGUACACAAGAUUGAUCUGGAGACCCUCCACCGCGUCAAGACCAUCAGCCUGAAGAACUUCAGCUGCAUACCCGUCAGCAUGGCCUACACACAUCUGAGCGGCUUCUACUUCGUCCAAUGCCAGAGCAAGAACAGCCUGCACGCCCCGCCCCAGCUUCUCAUCGACAGCGUGACGGACGCCGUGAUUGGUCCCAACUCGAACAUCACGGGGCAGCCCUUCGUGUCCCCGGACGGCCGCUACAUUGUGACAUCCGAUCCCGUGAGCUCCAAGCUGACAGUUCAGACAGUGUCGUUCCAGGGGGAGCUGGCUCUGAACCAGGUAAUGGAGGGGCCUGUAGCUGUCUCCGAUCUGGUCUUCCAGCCCUCUUUCACUGAGUCCAACCAGCACAUGGUGGUGGCCACUUCAGGCUCAGGCACGGACCUGCUAUUUGCCGAUCUGUCCUCGGGGCGCGCUGAGGUUCUCCGGAGCCUGAAGGAGCCCCUGGCCCCCCAAGCCUGGCCCUGGGGCGUCCCCAACAGAGUGGUGGUCUCAAGCGGAUUGUUCGGACAGUAUCUGGUCACGCCAUCGGCCGAGUCCCUCUUUGUCCUGAACGGCAAACAGAGAACGCCACACUGCGAGGUGUCAGACAUCAAGAGAGGGAACACAGUUGUCUGGGUCGGCGAGGUAUGAGUAGAAAAAAAAAAACAAAGCAGGGGACGUAGGUUUAGGGAAAGACAAAAAAAAAAAAAAGAGAGGAAAAAUCAGGCCAAAUUACCUAUUAUAAAGAUUUCUAUGAAAACAAGAUGUGGACUCAACCCUGGGACUGAGCGCGAGGGAAACACACCUGGGUUUAUUGUAACUAAAGUACACUAAAAAAAUAGAGUAAUUGAGAAAAACAUUAAGAAACCCUGUUGUGAUAUUUCUAUUGGGAGAAAGUGUCAAUGCCGUUCAGUGCAACAGUGAUCUAUGUGCACUUAACUAUAAAGAAUUGUACAUUAUUGCACUUCCUUCCAUGUUAUCACAGCAAAUAGGUACCUGAAGAGGGGUUAUUAACGAACUAUGAACUAUGCACAAUGCUCACUUUUUUUAGAGUAAAAAGCUUUCCAAUUCUGUUCAUCUCAACAAUGUUUGUCGUUUUCACCAGUGCUGCAUAUAAUCACCACAAACUGUCUGUCUGUCCCGUCUGCCUUUAGUGUUGUGUGCUCUGAGUCCUUUAAAAAGCUACCGACUCAUCCGUCCAUCGCCUCCGUCAUGGUAUUGUCCCGUAUCCUCCCUCUGAACCUUUUCUUUCUCCUCACACCGGAAGAGGCUGGCUUUAUGCACACGUGUAACACCCUCUAUUUACAUUGUCUAUCCAAAGAGCCCGAUUGGUCCAUUAGCCGUCGACAAUGGAUGUCUCGCUCGCAGUCUCUACCCUGCGGUCUCUCGGAAUGGUAUAAUCUGUCCCACGCUGUCUCUCACAGUUAUUCUGUGCCUGCAGCACGACUCUGUGCUGUGGAGCCUGAAAAUGCCACUUAGCAGAUUCCCUCAGGGUAAUGACUUCGGUUUAUGCUGACCCACAUGCUGAGGCCGUGCCAAAGUAGCAUCAACUCUGCAAUCUGACUGGCUGUGAGCAUUUGUACAUCCUCCCAGAAAGCCGGGCGUCAAGAUCAAACUCGGAGGCAGGUAGACAUAUACUUUUCAUUUGGUAAUGAUUCAGUUUUGCUAACAGGACUUUGGCAGAAAGAAGAGAAAACUUGCUCCUGGGUCCCACAUUUGUAUUCGGUAAAUUACCACAGGAGAAAUAUAAACUGUAUCUCAAACCCCUGCCGCCUGUUUUAAAAGAACGGAUACAUUUUUAUAGACAUGAGCUGUUUCCACUCAUACAUACUGUUAACUUACAAAACUGUACAGGCGCGUUUAUCAUCAAUACGUAAAUAUAACGAACCUACUUUUCAUAAACCUCGUCUCAAAAUAAAAAACACCAGCAACUCAUUCAUAAAACCAACCGGCAGAUUUUAUUUUCUCUCUGUGGUUGAACAUUGUCUUUUUUGUGUUAUUUGCUUUGGUCAUUUACACAAACCAUCACAAUGAUGAUCCAUUAGCAGGAGAGAGCAGUUCUGCUUCUUUGUAGAUGUAAUAAAUUAAUGUUUAGAAAAAGUACUGGGACCACAGUGUCUCCUAUAAGUGACAGUAGUGCUGAGAUCUAUACAUCAAUACUCGGGCAACGCACUUGAUGGAUAUUGGAUCAAACGGAUGUCAGUUGAAGGGUAUCGGCUUUUUCGUUUUUUCGCUGUAGAGCCCUGAAUAUUCAGCCCUCAGUAUUAUCCACUUUCCGCCUUGAUAAAAGCAAAUAAGAUGCUAUUUUUCUCAUUGUGGGCAGAAUCCACAUUUCUAAUCUCAUAAGAUUGUCACCAAAUUAAAGUGAAGAGUUGAGGAAUUAUACUUCUUAAAGUGUAUUUCUACAUUCCGCUGGUAUUAGCAAAUAAAAUGACUCUGACAGCUUCUCAGGCUGAGCACAGAACAGCUAGAAGCAAGAAAUGUAUCCCAUAGUCCACGAUAACAUAAUGUCCUCUUUCUGCUAGAUGAAAUCAGUUUUAAUUUAGUCUUCUAAAUACACAGUAACACUGAGGCUCAUUUACAGCAUGAAAGGAGGAAACAGUGUUGUCUUUAUAGAUGUCCCAAGCUGAUUCCAAACAUCUGUAUCGGGGUCGAUCCGGGUUUGUUUUAAUGGAUCAGUAUCGGCUGAAAUAAAGCUGAUAACAUCUGAUCCUCUCUUUCAUGCACUCUGCUGUGUUGUGUCCACAGCAGCCUGCUCUCCGUGCAGCACUGCUCUCUUUAAUGGAGCCACAGUGCAGCGGCUCGGAGGAAAGUGAAAAACUGGAGCGUGCGAAUGGGAAAAAUUACUCGGUCGAACUGAUGAUUGACUCUGUUCUGACGCCGGCGUGGGCAAAUCUCACAACCCUCCAACAGCAACAAAUCUGUUACGACUUCUCUCUCCUUCUCAUUAGCAAUCCCAUUAGCGUAGAGAUUGUCGCUUUCCCCGGUUAAAAUGACAAACGUCGCCAGUGGCUGAAUAAAAUAACUGGAUGACAGGCCAAAAGAAAAACAACCAAAAAACACUUUGCGGUUAUCGAGUCCACGUGCUCGCUGCUCGCUGCUGUCUGUACUCAGACGGAGAUUGUGUUGAAGUAAAGGAGAGAGUGGUUGUGUAGUCCAAUGUCCCAGUUCAACUUGUAUUGUGUCAGUAAUUGAGGGCGUUUUCACGCAAGUGUGAUCAAGGUUAGUUUUGGUUAUCAUAGUUAUGUAUGAAGUUGACUAAAUGUUUGUUCGACAUAUUUUAUCUUGACUUGACAUUGAUUGGUUUGUAGAUGGGCGUACCUUUGUCGUCUGUUCAAAAGCAGGAUUGAAUCAACGGUUUCAUUUUGAUAAUAUCGUCUUUGUUGUUCAAACAUUAAUUCAAAGUCUGCAGCAAAUCUGUGAGACGCUUGUGCUUCUUGUUCUUCUCCUACUGUUUAAUGCUGUCUCAACUGCAAUUGACCAGAUAGUCUUAACUAUAAAAAAGAUCCUGAACAAGAUCCUUUCUGUUAAAUGUUUGGUUUGUCCACCUUUCACAAUGUAAUCUUAUCAAUGUGUCAGAUACAAACUCACAUUAAUCUAAAUGCUGCUCAGAAUAGUACCGAGGCUUUUUAGCGCGAUUGUAAUAAAUGAUAAUAACGGAAAUUGGGAAAUUUAAGUAAUUGAUUUGUCAGAACAAAAAAAUCUCAAAUAGAUAAACAGAUAAAUGACACUUGAGAAAUAGUGUUUAAAUAUGUAUUAAAUAUGUCUUGUUAUUGCUUCACUUUGCGAGGUUGUCUCAACCUCAUCACAGCACAUCACAGCACACUCGUCGUGUUAUUUUCUCGAGCCGAAAUGUGAUUGAAACUGAACGUGGGAAGCUCUCUUGUACACAGUGUGUAUCACUGCACAAAUACUCACAGCCUCUGGGAUUUUGCGGUUGUUGAUCCUUUUUUUUUUUUUGGCAGGUCAAUAUCAAACGAUAUUAAACUCACAUUUAUCUCUGAAGGCCUCGGCUGCCCACAAAAUAACAGGUCAAAGUCCAACUCUAAUGUACAAAAAGUUCUGUGGGAUUGUAAGAAAAGUGUCCGACUGUAACACCAGCUGGAGUCCUGUGAACGGGGGAAUAUCCGCUCAUGGAUGUUAUCCAUUACACAAACAAACAACAGCCCAAAUUAAAUAUUAAUCAUCUUCUUCUAAUAGGUAGCUGUGCCUGUAACUCCCCCGAUGCGAUGUGUAGGGUAGAAAGCAAGCUUUGUAAGAAAAAAAAAAAGUAAACACAGGAGUGAAACAGAUUUGUCGUUCUUGUUUGUGAUUUAGAUAUCUGCUGCUAAUCUGCCAUGAAAACCAUUCUGGCAUGAAAGCCUGUUUGAUUAACCUUCUGAAGGCAAUGACGUAAUGAUGUUGACCAAGUUUCCUAGACCACUGUUGCACUGAGGAGAGAAAUAAUAUAGCAUCAUUUAUGUUAACCUGAAUUGAAAUUUGUCGAAUGGGUAGCCCAGUUUUCUCUGGGGUUUUUUUCAACGAAAAGAAAAAAAUCUUAUUGUGAAAAGGUUCAGGCUCUGACGCUUCCUACAGUCACUGUCACAUUCAAUGUCACUCCCCGACGGCUCGGACGCGUUAUCCACAGUAUCUGACAGCUCAGAGAAAUGCAUGUAAUGAAAAUAGAUCAUCAACAUGAUUAUCAUCGACCUCAGUGAUCUCUCACCGUCUCAUACAGUUUACAGUUGCUUGUGAAAACGUCACUUUUCCGCCCUCUCAUUGUCACGUCUGUCAGCUUAACUCUUAAGGUCGAUUCGGCAGUUUGACAUCGCUACUAGAGCCAAGGAGAGCAAGAACAAAGAGGCCGCGCCCGCGCUCGCUGAUGUAAUAACUACGUUAUUGGCUAAGCUCAUGUUGUUUGUUGGGAUCUACCUUCAGUGUCACACGACUAUUUCUGUACCUCUCCUCCGACCCUCCAGACAAGGGGCUGCAGAGCUGAACCGCUUGGUGUGAUAGACAUUUAUAGGAGCCACUGUUGUAGAUAACAUUGUUCAUGUUUAAAAACUGGUUUCCGACAUGACAAAACUGACUGUACAGUUUUCUUUAUGCAUUUUGUGUGGUCUGGUUUAUGGGGGAAUUGUUUUGUAAGAAAAAAUCGAAUUAAAUAUAUUGUAAAAAUCA